AUGCUCAGUCCCGUGCUGUUGGCUCUCUCAGUGCUGUCUGUCUGCCUCUCUGGGGCCAGAGGAGGUAAAGUGCUGGUGUUCCCAGUAGAUGGCAGCCAUUGGGUGAACAUGAGGGUCAUCAUUGAGGAGCUGCACUCCCGAGGCCACAGCAUUACUGUAGUGCGAGACUCAAACAGCUGGUUCAUUAAAGAGGAAUCUCCCCAUUACAAAACCAUCACUAUCCCCUCCAAUGACUCUGUUGAGGAGUUCAUCAACUCCUUGGUAAAGACACUUCUGAAUAUACGCAUAGAAGGCAAGACCACCAGGAAUAUUGAACUUACAAUUGAGUUAAUGAAGCUAUUUUCUGACAUACAUAGGGAUAUGUGUGCAAUGUUGUCUGCUAUGUUUACUGAUGAGGCCCUGAUGCAGUCACUCCAAGAAGCCAAGUACGACUUAGUUCUGAGUGACCCUGUAAUUGCUGGUGGGGUGUUCCUAGCCUACCGCCUACAGCUCCCCCUGGUGUUCAAUGUCAGGGGGACACUUUAUGGAGACCUACACACUCUUAUUGGGCCUGCUCCUCCCUCCUAUGUCCCUGUGUCUGGCACUGGGCUUACUGACCGCAUGUCUUUCUCUCAAAGAAUAUUGAACUGGUCUAUGUUUAUGGUGAAUAAGCUGCUCCUCGAACAGAUGGUUGCCCAUUACACAGAUUUUUGCAAUCGUUUUUUUGGACCAGAUGUUGACUUUGUGUCAUUGCUCCGGAAUGCAGAUUUAUGGCUUGUACGAUAUGACUUCACUUUUGAGUUUCCACACCCAAUCAUGCCCAAUGUGGUCCACAUGGGUGGGUUCCAUUGCAAGCCAGCUAGACCACUUCCUGUUGACCUGGAAGAGUUUGUCCAAAGCUCUGGGGAGCAUGGGGUCAUCAUCAUGUCCCUUGGAACUCUGGUUGCCGAGCUCCCUAGUGACAUCACUGACGAGAUUGCUGCAGCUUUUGCUCAGCUUCCCCAAAAGGUCAUCUGGAGAUAUACAGGGGCCAAGCCCUCGACUCUUGGCAACAACACCUUACUGGUGGGCUGGAUGCCCCAAAAUGACCUGCUGGGUCACCAAAAGACUAAAGUGUUUGUAGCCCAUGGGGGCAUUAAUGGUGUCCAAGAAGCAAUCUACCAUGGUGUCCCGAUACUUGGCCUGCCUCUGAUGUUUGAUCAGCCAGAUAACCUGUCCAGAAUGGAGGCAAAGGGAACUGCUAAGGUAGUGGACAUUGCCACUCUGGACAGAGCAGUGCUCAUGGAAGCGCUAAAGGAAGUACUCUAUGAGCCGUCCUACAGGGAGAACAUGCAGAGGCUCUCCAGGAUCCACCAUGACCAGCCCAUGAAGCCUCUGGACCGCGCCAUUUUCUGGAUCGAGUUCGUGAUGAGGAACGGAGGCGCCCCUCACCUGCGCACUCAGUCCUUCAGGAUGUCCUGGAUCGCGUAUCAUUCUAUAGACGUCAUUCUGACUCUGCUCAUGGCUCUGCUGGUCUUACUAUUGAUUAUGUUCCUGGCAAUCAAAAAAUGCUGUGCACUUUUAUUCAGAAAGAAAGUCAAAAGUGAGUAAUGCUUAAUAUAAUAAUGCUGUAAUUAUAUGACAAUAUCUACUUAUUAGUGAUUGACAUUUUUUCCACCAUCUUAUCGGUCAAAUAACUAAUGGAUUAAUUGAGAAAAUAAUUGUCAGAUUAAUCAACUAUGAAAAUAAUUGUUAGUUGAAGCCCUACUGCUUACUAUCAUCAUGCUAUAGUAUGUAUUGAUAGAGCAUUUAUUGACCUAAAGUUAUACACCAUGGACCACAUAGCUCCACCCACAUAUCGCCAUCCUGGGCCACAUAGCUCCACCCACAUAUCUCCAUCCUGGGCCACAUAGCUCCACUCAUAUAUCUCCAUCCUGGGCCACAUAGCUCCAUCCUGGGCCACAUAGCUCCACCCAUAUAUCUCCAUCCUGGGCCACAUAGCUCCACCCAUAUAGCUCCAUCCUGGGCCACAUAGCUCCAUCCUGGUAGACGUCUGCACAUGAUGUGUCGAUCAGCACAUUCCCAUGGACAAUGGGGUGUUUACUGUUAGAACACCUGUGCUUUUUGGUUUAAAACUAACAAGCCAGAUACUUGAAAAGCAUGUCCUUGCAUACACCACCCCCUAGAUCGUGCCCUUGCAUACACCACCCCCUGGAUCGUGCCCUUGCAUACACCACCCCCUGAAUCGUGCCCUUGCAUACACCACCUCCCGAACUGUGGGUGUAGCUGUGGUGGUGAAGCUGCACCAUAUUAGCCUAUACAGCACAGGAGAAUAUGGCCUGAAUAUAGCAUGAAGACUACAGCCCACGCAGAUAUACAGCUACUGAAGACAGCAGCUAACUAGCCAUGUUAGCAUAUAUAAUGUGAUUAUAUGAUGCAUAAAGUCACGAUGGACAGCAGCUUACUACUUGAAGCGGGUUGACCUUAUCUUUUAAGAUCUUGUAAAUAAACAGAAAAACCUGUGUC